GUCAAACCAAAAAGUACUCGUAUUAUUAGGAACGACAACAUUUCCUCUAUUUUUCACACACACACAAUGAUUUUGCGAUACAUAUUACAAUUAUAACACUCCAACCCUCAAGAUGGUCGUCAAUCGCGAUGUUUCGUCCUGGUCUACAUCUCAUCUCUUGGCCGAAUUAGCACGACGACAACAAGACGAAUCUGCAGUUCCAGAGAAACCCGUGUGUGGUUCGGGGGUUAAGGGCAGUUAUAAUACGUCGGCACAUGUAUAUGCGCUCGUACUAAUACUUGUACUGAGUACAAUUGCAUGUGGAUUCCCCCUGAUUUCUCGCCGUUCCUCGAAGUCCGAAGGCCCGAAUCGUUUUAUAUUUCUCUCUCAACAUUUUGGAACCGGGGUUCUUAUAGCUACAGCAUUCGUGCACUUAUUACCAACAGCUUUCAUGUCCUUAACGGAUCCAUGUCUACCCUAUUUUUUCAGCGAUGGAUAUCAUCCUCUAGCAGGACUUAUUGCAAUGUUCAGUGCACUAGUAGUUGUAGGACUAGAGAUGUUUCUUACGACUAGAGGGGCAGGCCAUUCGCAUUCACACGGAGGGAAUUGGGACGUUGUGCCCGGGGGGGAGAAUGAAGGAGCACAAGGAAACGGGAGCGCCAAGAAAAAGGGGAAGCAAGCGAAUGGCAGAUUAGGAAAGAUGGGUCUAAGUCGUCGGCCGCAAGAUAUAGCCUUGGAAGACAUGGGAGAAUCCGAAGGACUCGUAGCGGGAGUCUCGCCCCUCCCUGUUUCAACACCUCAAAUUGGACUUACCGAGAGCUCCGAGCGCAAGAAAUAUCAAGAUGCCAAUAUCUCAGACGACGAGUCUGAUCUUGACCUCGAACUCGAUGAGCUGGAUGACCCCCUCACAAAAGCUCCGACACAUUCCCCACACGACCCAGAGACCAGCUCUUCCCCAAUCUCAGCAGAAGAUUCCCAAAAACGACAAAUACUGCAAUGUCUCCUCCUCGAAGCAGGCAUCCUCUUCCACUCCAUCUUCAUCGGCAUGGCCAUCUCUGUAGCCACUGGCCCUCCAUUUGUUGUCUUUCUAGUCGCAAUCGCUUUCCACCAAUCCUUUGAAGGACUUGCCCUUGGAUCUCGUAUCGCCGCUAUAAAUUUCCCCUCAUCUUCUCCUCGUCCCUGGCUCAUGGUUCUUGCAUACGGAACUACGACGCCCAUUGGUCAGGCUAUUGGCCUCAUUGUACAUAAUUUGUAUGAUCCGCACUCAGCGGCUGGACUUUUGAUGGUGGGUUUCAUGAAUGCUAUUAGCAGUGGAUUAUUGUUAUUUGCGGGAUUAGUACAACUUUUGGCGGAGGACUUCUUGAGUGAUAAGAGUUAUGGCAUUCUCAAGGGAAGGAGAAGAUGGGAAGCUUUUGUGGCAGUUCUGGGCGGCAGUUGUUUAAUGGCGUUGGUGGGGGCAUGGGCAUAGGAAAUGGAUGAAUGUGUCUCCAUAAAAAUAGGUUGUGGAUUAUUUACGUACUACUGUAUCAUUUGCAUAUCCUGUGUUUCAAUUGGGCGCUAUCUGGGUAGGAGGAACUGCAUUGAGCGAUGAGCACGGCAUGGUGUGCAGGUUUUAGGAUAGAUAUAAACUGGUAGCAGGUUUCACAAUCUACUGCGGCGUCGGACAAUUCAUAUUGUACCCA